AUGGAUCCAAUCGUGGAAGUGGUGGCUGUGAUUUUGGGGUUCAUCGGAUGGAUAAUGGUGGGGGUUGCGCUUCCAAACCGUUACUGGAGGACCUCCACUGUUGACGGAAAUGUCAUCACCACCUCUACAAUCUAUGAAAACCUGUGGAUGUCCUGCGCGACAGAUUCAACCGGGGUCAGUAACUGCAGGGACUUCCCUUCGAUGCUCGCUUUGAAUGGUUACAUCCAAGCGUCUCGUGCCUUGAUGAUUGCCUCGGUAGUGUUUGGCACAUUUGGACUGCUGGGCUCGCUGAUCGGGAUACAGUGCUCUAAAGCAGGAGGAGAAAACUAUGUUCUCAAAGGGAGGAUCGCAGGCACUGCUGGAGUACUUUUUAUGCUUCAAGGUUUGUGCACUAUGGUUGCAGUGUCCUGGUAUGCUUUCAAUAUCACUCAGAAUUUCUUUGACCCCUACUACCCUGGCACAAAGUAUGAGAUAGGAGAAGGGCUUUACAUCGGCUGGUGCUCUGCUGUGCUCGCCAUCGCUGGAGGAGCCGUUCUCACCUGCUCCUGCAAAUUGGGCACAGAGGAAAAAUACCCUCUACCUCAUGCAAGGGGAACUGUGUAUUCUGGACCAGCACCAACCAGAAGCCUGGCCGCCAGUACUUAUGGGAGAAACGCUUACGUCUGA